AUGGUCUCCGCGGUGGCCUCUGGUGUCCUCACUGCUCUGCUGCUGCUCCUGGGGCCCGUGCCCGUGGUGGCCCACUCCGUGCCCGUGCAGGCCGCCUUCCUGGAGGAUGCAGCGGGUAGCGGGGAGGCCGAGGGCUCAUCGGCCACGUCCCCGAGCCUCCCACCGCCCCGGACCACCCUGAGCCCCACAUCAGGGGGGCCACAGCCCACGCUGCGGGCGGGCCCCUCGCCCCCCAGCAACUUUCUGGACGGGAUCGUGGACUUCUUCCGCCAGUACGUGAUGCUCAUCGCGGUGGUGGGCUCCCUGGCCUUCCUGCUGAUGUUCAUCGUCUGCGCCGCCCUCGUCACCCGCCAGAAGCACAAGGCCUCGGCCUACUACCCGUCCUCCUUCCCCAAGAAGAAGUACGUGGACCAGACCGACCGGGCCGGCGGCCCCCGCGCCUUCAGCGAGGUCCCUGACCGGGCUCCCGACGGCCGGUGCGACGAGGCCCUGGACUCCUCCCAGCAGCUCCAGGCCGACAUCCUGGCUGCCACCCAGAACCUCAGGUCUCCCGCCAGGGCCGGCCCGGGCAGCGGGGAUGGAGCCAGGAUGGCGGAGGGGAGGGUGGAGGGAGAAGCCAAGGGCAGCCAGGACGGGGGCCCGGCCCCGGGGCGCGGGGUCCCCGCGGAGCGGCCGGAGGAGCCGCGGCCAGGGGCGGCCGAGGGGGCGGCCAGCGAGGGCCGAGGGGAGCCGGGAGGGUGUCUCCCCUUAGCGGGGGAAGCCCAGGGACCCGCGGGUUCCCCCGAAAGCCCCUGUGCCUGUGGCAGCGUCUCCCCCAGCGUGUAA